UGCACACAUCCGCCUUGCGUGCCUUGCUACUUAGCCUCGUCCUUGGUUUUGACGGCCGUGUUCAAAGUAUGGAGAAGGUCCCAACAGAAUCCAACCCAUCUCGCGCUCGGCCGACCGCCGAAGAGCCUGUCAAAUCAAUCGAAACCGACGGCAAGGAUGACGGUUCUGAGAGGGACCAGGAUAAAGCCGAGGCGGAUCCCUCGACAAUUACCAAUGAGCAGUGGAGAUCAAUGAUGGACGUUGUCAUAAACAUCUAUGAAUACAGAGAGGAAGAUGGCCAUGACCCAUCGAAAUUAUUCCAGCGCAGCGUUAACAAGCGUAAUGUUCCCGACUAUUAUGAAGUCAUCAAGGAGCCAAUGGCUCUUAGUAUCCUGAAGCAGAAGAUAAACAAACGCGAGUACAAAACGUUUGCUGAAUUUGUGCGCGACUGCGCUCUGAUACCGCAUAAUGCGCAAACCUACAAUCGUCCAAAGUCGAGAGCGUAUGAGGACGCGCUCGUCAUCAAGGAUGUCUUCAUCGCAGAAUUCCAGAAGUUGGUUAACCAAGGGAUUAUUUCCGCGGAAGAAGCUGAGCUCCCAGAUCUUGGUGAAAUUCCGGAAGCAGACCCCCUUCCCGAGGAAGAGGACGAGGACGACGAGGAUGAUGAAGAUGACGACGACGACGAAGACUCAGACGACGAUACUCGGCGAAAGAGAAAGCGAGGCUCUCGAUCCAAACGUGACGGCACGAAAGACGAUAGUCAGAAGUUUAAUGACCCCGAACUGAGAAAGAAGAGAGGUCGGCCACCACGAGUCGAUACCCCGAUGGAGGCAAGGAUUAAGGCCGUGCUGAAGGGGAUCCGGAAGCUGAAGGACCCUAGCGGUCAGCUCAAAGUGCGGCACUUUGAAAGACUCCCAGACAAGGCAGUAUACCCGGACUACUACAUAGAAAUCAAGGAGCCCGUGGCCAUCGACAUCAUCAAAAGGAAGUCCAAACGAAAGAAGUACAACUCUGUCGACCAUUUCAUGAGAGAUGUUGAUCUGAUGUUUAAUAACGCUAAAGUCUACAAUCAAUCCGAAAGCCAAAUCUACAGAGAUGCGGUUGAUCUACAAGCGGAAGCGCGAAAACUAGCCGAGAAAGAGAAGAGAAAGCCCGACAGCGAGUAUCUGACCGAGGAUGGCCGCUUACCACUCCCGGGUGGGAUUCUGUACAAGGGCGAGUUAUGGAAAGUUGGUGACUGGGUCCACAUACAGAAUCCAAACGACGUGACAAAACCUAUUGUGGCGCAAAUAUAUCGAACUUGGCAAGAUUCAGAAGGUGACAAAUGGGUCAAUGCUUGUUGGUAUUACCGACCAGAGCAAACCGUCCAUCAUUUUGAGAAGCAUUUCUAUCCUAACGAGGUGAUGAAGACUGGGCAAUAUCGUGACCACCGCAUUGAGGAGAUUGUCGAUCGCUGCUUCGUUAUGUUCUUCACCCGCUACAAUCGUGGGCGGCCAAGGGGCCUUCCUCCUGACAAGGAUGUGUACGUCUGUGAAGCUCGUUACAAUGAAGAGAGGCACAAAUUGAACAAGAUCAAGACCUGGGCAAGCUGUCUGCCGGAUGAAGUAAGGGACAAGGACUACGAGAUGGAUCUCUUCGAUGUCCCUCGGAGAAUAAAAAAAAUCCCCAGUCCGAUCAAACAUCUACUCAAGGAGGACGCUAAGGAGACUGAUGAUGUCCCCAAACCGACUUGGGGGGCGGAGAAUGCACCGCCAGUUGUUGGAGCGGUCCAUCGACGCCCUCGAGAUGAAAAUGAAUCCCCUCCGCCUGAGCCAACACCGUCACCGCCGCCUCAGUCCAUACCCGAGCCAGCAGCGCUGCCCCCUGCACCUCCCAGGCAGCCUUCUAUCAAUCAGCUUCCUACGUCGCGGGGAAUGGAUAGUCAAGGUCAUACCUCUAUCGACGUUACUGCACCGCCCUUAGCACAGUCACCAGUUGCACCAGUUAUUCCCCUUCAGAGUUCACCAGUACCUUCCGCUACACCUGCCUACAGUCAACCUCAAGUACAGUCAACCCCUCCGGUUUAUCAACCCAAUCCGCCAAGGCGGUCCGGUACCUAUUUACCACAGACACCUAGUUCUACUCCGUGUCAGGUGGCACCGGCCUCACAUCAGUAUUCGCCAGCACCAGCCUCUCCCUAUGCAGCAUAUCAAGCGAACCGACUAGCAGUGCCUCCAGCGGUAUACAACCCCAAUGCACCUCGUCCGAUCGAAGUCUUCCAUCUCAGUGAUACUGCCAACGCUGCCAUCCCUGCGGACAUUCGUGAACAGUUCCACUGCAACGACCAGGGCCAUGUUCUUUUCUUUUCUUCGCCUCCGUUAGAUGUUGUCCCCCCGGCCCAGAGGGUGUUAAGUCAUUCUCUGAAGUACCUGGCAGCAAGAGAUGAACGUCGCAAGCGUGUCGAGCAGCGAAAGCGGAGGGAGAGCAGUGAGCAAGAGCAACGGAAAGAACAUGUAAAGCGCAUACGCGCAGAUGAAGAGACGGCUCUUGCUGCUCGCGUGGAAAGCUUGGCAACAAUGGCCGUUAACAUCAUGACGAAUGAGAUUCUAGCUGGUACGAACGAGCUCUACGAAAUUCUGUAUAGGGACAGAGCAGACGAAGCCAGGAGAGCCGAUACGGAGGAUCUUGAUCACAGAAUCCUGGCUUCUCGCCUUUCGGAAGAGCAGGUGAGGCGAAUCCGGGGCCAGUCAAACACUGCCACUUUUGUUAAUUUAAAGGGUAACGCCAUCUAUAUGGAUGACGUUGACUUGAAAGGUUGACACCGGGAUGUGCGAUUAAUCGCACUGUUCGAUGGAUUGUGAACAUUUCGAAGAUUCCUCUCCUGUUCCAGUGGACUUAGCAGGGAGUUUUUCAUCGUUCGAACGGCGCUCAUCCUGGAUUUAGAUUGUCUGGUAAUGGAACGGGACGCAAUCGUGUUUAUUCUACUUAUCUAGGACGGCAGGGCAGGCCUUGAGUAGCUAGAUAUGUAUCUUUAGACAUCUAUGUAGGUAUGCUACAAGCUUUAAUUGAGAC